GGCAGGUCUGCGGGACUACAGCUCCCAGCGGUGUUUACGUUUCUCCGCUUGGCUCGGUUCGUGUCGACGUGUGUCAGGAGGGUGAUGCGGGAGCGCGGCGGAGGAACCGGAGGAAACCCGGGGCUCUGCAGGAUCUAGCAGCGGGUCAGCAUGUGGCUCAGGCCCGAGGAGGUGCUGCUGAAGAGCGCGCUGAAGCUCUGGGUCACCGAGAAGUCCAACCAGUACUUCCUGCUGCAGCGGCGGCGGGGCUAUGGGGAGGGCGGCGGAGGCAUCACUGGUCUGCUGGUGGGGACACUGGACACUGUGCUGGACUCCACAGCUAAAGUGGCUCCGUAUAGAAUCUUACACCAAACUCCUGAUUCACAGGUGUACUGGAGCAUCGCUUGCGGUGCGUCUCUAGAGGAGAUCUCACAGCACUGGGAAUGGCUGCAGGUGAACAUUAUGAGAACCCUCUCUGUGUUCGACUCUGGGGAUGACAUUACCAGCUUCGUUCAGGGCAAGAUUCGAGAGCAACCGAUCACACACAGCAGCUUUACAGGCGUCCAAGACCGAGCCUCCAUUAAACAAGCCACAACAAACUCCCUGAGAGAAAGAAGCCAAAUACUCAGCUUAAUACUCAAAAGAAUCAAUAAAAAUGAAUAAAGCAAUAAAAUGGA